AUGCCCCGUUUUAACCGACGAGAGCAGCUCCCGCUGCAUAUCAAGCGCGCUAUUUGCGUUCACCACGUAGACAGCCCCCGCCUGCGUCAUGUCGACCUGGCUAGGUGGUGUUACUCGCAGUACGGAUUGCGGCCAGAUCGUUCCACUGUCGGCCGCAUCUUGAAGAGCGCCGAGCUCUGGGAUGUUACGGCCGCUAUUGACAACCAGAUGCGCCGUCGAGGUGGCGCAUGGCCUGAGCUGGAGCAGGCCAUGGCGCGGUGGAUCGCAAACGCAGGGCCCGCUGGCGUGCCUCUGACGCUGCAGACCAUCCGCGACCAUGUCGCCACGAUGGCACGGAACAUGGGCAUUCCGCCCACAUUCCGAUGCUCCAUAGGCUGGGUGCGCCGUGCUUUGAGGCGCCAGGGAGUGAGGUGCCGGGCAGCACAAGGCGAGGCGGCUAGUGCGGACAUGGCCGCCGUGCGGGACACACGUGAGAAGCUGCCGCAACUCCUCACGCAUCUCGGUGUCACACCGCGGGACAUGUUCAACAUCGACGAGACGGCGCUCUGGCUGUCGGUCCUCCCUCGGCGCACGUACAGCAACGGUCGGAUUCCGGGCCGCAAUCUGUCGAAAGAGCGGCUCACUGUGGCAUUCCUCGUCAAUGCUGACGGGAGCCACGUCUUCCGACCGCUCGUCAUCAGUAAGGCUAAGCGGCCGCACGACUUCCGCCCGGAUUAUGACCCGGAGUCCCUUUGCUACUGGCGGCACAACACCAAAGGCUGGAUGACCUCGCCGCUCAAUGCUGCCAUGUACGCCGAAAAUCGCAAGAUUUUGGUGCUGCUCGACAACGCGAGCAGCCACAUGCUCCGCUCACAGCUCGCGUGGAGCGAGAUCGUCUGCGGGAUGCGGACGACCUGCAUGAGCAACUUGCGGCUCGUUUUCUUGCCGCCGAAUACCACCGCCUUCACACAACCGCUCGAUCAGGGCAUCAUAGCCACCGUAAAAGCCCGCUACCGACAGCAUUGGGUGCGGGCCUUCACGGCCUUGUGGAACGGCGAGGGCGCGACUACCGCCGUCGCCCGGUUCCGCCCCAAUUUGCGCGAUGUCCUCGCGUGGCUGUCAGACGCGUGGAUGUCUGUCGGCGAGCGCACCAUUCAACGGUGCUGGUGGCGCACGGGGUGUCUGCCGCUGUCAUGGUCCCUGGAGCUGUCGCAUGUACACGACGAUGAGCCCACCCCUGCCGUCUACCCCGACAUCGAGCUCGACGACGACAUCGAUGAUGUCGGGACUCUGAUCAGCGGGCUCGCACUCGGGAAUGCGGCGAUGACGGCCGCAGAGUACGUCGCCAUCGACGACGGCGAGCCGACCAGCGCUGAGGGACAGCCUCCGAACGAGCCGGAGUCGGGCGUAGACGCCGAGCUCUGGCAGGCGCCGACUACCAUUCCAGCCGUCUACGACGACGCCGACCCAGUGUGCCGCGAAGCGCGCCGCACAGCCCGGGCGGCAUGCGAAACGCUUAUAGGAUACGCUCGGGCCACCCGCAUCACGCCGCGCAAUCUGUGCCAUCUAUUCGAUAUACGCAACCCCUUUAUAAUCGCGCGGAUGGAGCGGGCUAGCCCGUCGUUGAACCUCAACGUGGCGCCUCAGCCCGUACCCUCCCCGGGCGCAACUCCCACGCCCGAGACCCCUCGUCCGCGCGGUCGGGUGCUGCCCGACUGGAUGACCCGCCCGUCUCGCCGUCAGGAGCUGUUUGACGCCGGUGUGGGCGCCGUGAUGGGCGGGUAUGUGGACGCGGCUGAGUGGAUGCGUAUUCGGCAUGAGACACCUGAGAGUCAGCAUGAGACACCUGCGAAUCGGCAUGAGACACCUGCGAAUCGACCUGGCAGUGGCAGCGGUGGAGCGGACCGUCACGUUGACGGCAAGAAAGUGCGCGUGGUGCAGUAUCCGUAUAAACCGCUGCUGCCACGGGACGGGUUCAGCUGGGUCAAGCUCUACUUCCAGUGCGGCCUGCGCACGUCCCACGCCUGCCCCGCACGCCGCACGGUGGACCUCAGCUGCUGGGACCCCUCCGCGCCUCUGGUGCUCAACUACCACUGCACGCACAACCACUUGCCGCACUACCACGUCGUUGGUGCUGCUACUACCUCUCCUGCGCCUCUGCCCAAGGACCGCUCAGUCAAAGUCCGCUCAGUUAGAACGAGGGGUUCUGCUGCUGUGCCUGCUGGUGCUACCGCUGCUGCUGCUGCAACUGCUGCUGCAGAUGGUGCCGACAACAGCAUGGCGAGCAAGCGAGCGGCUGUUAAGGAGGAAGCAAUCGCGGCAAAUGGGACUAUUGGCAGACCGCUGCGAUGCCCGCCGUCGUUCCUGCCAGCCCUCGCUUCCAUCCCAGUCAGCGGUGCCACUUGGAAGGAUAACUCCGAUCGUGCACCCUCCCGCCCUUCUUCCAAUGCAUCGUCUUCGUCCGGGCACGCUCCCGCCUCGGCUGUGGCAGAUUUGCGGGCGGCACUGGAGGCACUGCUCAGUGGAUCACCUGUGCCUGCUGUCGCUCCCACGCCUACUCCUGCUUCCUCUGAUAAGCCUGUGCAUGCGAGGGAGAGUACGGUGUCUCCUUUGGGGAGUCGUGCGGCCGCUGCUGCUCCCUCGCCUGCUCCUGCCUCCUCUGAUAAGCCUGCGCAUGCGCGGGAGAGUAUGGUGUCUCCUUUGGGGAGUCGUGCGGCCGCUGCUGCUCCCUUGCACCCUCAGUCGCACCAGUUACCAGCUGAGGUGAUUACAGCGUUGACGCUGCUGGUGCAGUCCGCACUGGCGGAAGGAGGGCACGUGGGGGCAGAAGAAUCUGAUGUGCCUGACAGCCGUUCUAGCCUGCCGGCCAGUUCUAGCAGCGGAAUCAGCCUCGGCAUCCGCAUCGCCGAUCCUCCCUGCCUCGGCCGGAGCUCUGGUGUCGGAUCUGACGCAGCGGGCUCGGGUAUGGAGCGUGGGAGCGAAGCCGUCGAUGAUACAGCUGCUCAAGGUGCUGCGGGAGCAAGGCGUGCUGCUGGCGGUUCUGCUGAGCCUCUCCGCUUUUUUCUCCAUGGCAGAAACAUCUAUCACCACGCUCUGGCCGUGGAAGUUUGCCUGAUCCGCACUCCCUCCCCUCCGCUCCCUCCUCUCAUCAGGUGCGCGAGCUGGCGGAGAAGUAAAAGGAGGGCAGUGUAUUCGAGCUGCUGCGUGGGGCCAUGCUCCCCUUGGCCUGAUCCACACGCUCUCCCUUUGUUCGCAAUUGCUGUUCCCUCUGCGCGCACCCGUGUUCUCUCCCUCCGCAUCCCUGUUCCCUUCCCUCCCUCCUCUCGCCAGGUGCGCGAGCUGGCGGAGAAGGAGAAGGAGGGCAGUGUGUUCCAGCUGCUGCGGCGGGACGUGACUCGCUUCCUCACCACCAUCCUCAUCGGCACCACCUUGGUGAACAUUUGGGCAACGGCUUUGGUCACAGACGCCGCUACAGCGCUCUUUGGGGAGGCAGGGGUCAGCGCUGCUACAGGCGUGAUGACGAUCCUGCUGCUCGUCUUUACAGAGAUUGCCCCCAAGUCCAUCGCCGUGCACAACGCCACACAAGUCGUCCGUGUCGUGCUGCGUCCAGUGGCGUGGCUGUCAGUCGUGCUCUACCCCGUGGGUCGCCUCUGCACCUAUGCUUCCACGGGCCUCUUCCGCCUCCUCGGCCUCAAGACCAGCGGAGAACCGUUCGUGACAGAAGAGGAGCUGAAGCUCAUGCUGAGGGGGGCGGAGAUGAGUGGCGCUAUUGAGGAGGAGGAGCAGGAUAUGAUUGAAAAUGUUCUCGAGAUCAAGGAUACCUACGUGCGUGAGGUGAUGACCCCUCUGGUCGACGUGGUGGCGGUGGGCUCGUCUGCGUCGCUCAUGGAGCUGCGGGCGCUGUGGGUGCGCCACCAGUACUCGCGUGUACCUGUCUAUGAGAGGAGGGUUGAUAACAUUGUUGGCAUUGCGUAUGCCAUGGACAUGCUCGACUAUGUGGAGCAGCCGGAGCUGCUGCACCGCUUGAGUGUGGGCAGGAUUGCACACCGGCCGGCAUACUUCGUCCCUGACUCCAUGUCGGUGUGGAACCUUCUGAGAGAGUUCCGCAUCCGCAAAGUGCACAUGGCCAUCGUGCUGAACGAAUACGGUGGCACCGUGGGGCUGGUGACACUGGAGGAUGCUGUAGAGGAGAUCGUGGGGGAGAUAUUCGACGAGAAUGACUCCAAGGAGGAGAUUCGGCGCAAGACGGGAUACAUCAUCCAGAGGGCGGAGGGCGUGUAUGAUGUGGAUGCCAACACCACCAUUGAUGACCUUGCUGACAUUCUCCAAGUCGUGCUGCCUCCCAGAGCUUCCUUUUACGAGACGGUGUCUGGUUUCGUGUGCGAGGCGUUUGGAUACAUUCCCCGCACGGGGGACACCAAGAUGAUCAGGCUGCAGCGGAAGGAGAGCGAGGAGGAGGAGGAGGGCGACGGGGCGGAGGAGGGGGGAGCGGGCGGGAAGGGAGGGAAGGGGCGGGAGAGGGACGGUGGGGAUAAGGGGACGCGUAAGCAGCUGCUGCGAUUCCAGCUCGAGAUUUUGUCCGGUAAUGCAAGGAAGGUGGUGGCAGUGCGAUUCGAAGAGCUGAAAGAGACGGAAGGGGCCAGUGGGGGCGGUGUAAAGGGAAAGCUUGGUGCAGGGAAGGAAGAGGAGGAUAUAGAGAAGGAGACAGAGAGGAAGAGAGAGAAGGAUAGGGAGCGAGCAUUGGUGGAGGAGUGGGAGAGUGAGAAGAGGAGGGAGGGGAGGAGGAAGGAGAGGAUCAGCCAGGAAGUGAGGUCGAGGGGGUUGGGGGAAGUGGGGAGAGGGGAGGGGGAAGGGACGGGCGAGGGGGAGAGUAAGUGCGAGACGUGUGAGCAGAUGAAGCUGGGGAGGGGGAAAGCGGGGGGGAGGGGGGUGUUACUGGAUAGUGAGAGUGAGGGGGAGGAGGGGGAGGUGCUGAUGGGUGGAGGGUGGUUGACAGGUGGAGACGGGGAGGAGGGGGGGUAUUCUGAGGGUGUGUUGUAUACAGACUCUGAUAUGGGGGAGAGGGACGGUGAGAGGGACGGUGUGGGGGAAAGUGGGAGUGAGAGGGGGAGUGGGAAGGAGACUGAGGGUGGGCUCGUGAGAAGAGGAGAGGGAGGUACUUUUGAUGGUGUGAGGAAUGACGGGGUUGGAGGAGAGGAGGAGGAGGAUGAGGAGGGUUCGGAUGGAGAGGAGUCAGACGGGGACGGAGAGGGGAGGAGGAGGGGGCAGUCCAGGGGCGGGCUUUACCAGGAGCAGGAAGAGCAGCAGCAGCAGCAGCAGCUGCAGUUGCAGCAGCAACACUCGCAGCAGCAGCAGCAGUUGCAGCCGGCACAGCAGCAGGCAGCAGCAACAGGGAAUGAGGGCUCAGGGUUGGAGCAUGGGCCGGCAGGUGCUGGUAUGACUACCAGCUACAGCACGAGCAGCUGCAGCAGCGUCAUGGUCAGCAGCAGCAGCAGCAGCAGCAGCAGCAUGAUCACAACUGGAGGCAUGGUAGGAGGGAGUGAUUCGCCAGGCAGCAGCAACGGCAGCAGCUUGGUGCGAGGGGUGGCGUGGCGGGAGGAGGCGGUGACGUGGCGAACUGAGGAGGAGGAGGAAGAAUCAGAUUACAGCUCAGGGUCUGAUGGUCAUGUGGGGCUGGAGGGGGGCACGGGAGGAGGAGGCGGGGGAGUGAGGGAGUUUGAGGGUGUGGCGAUGGCUCAGGAGCAGUACGACCGGUGGGAGGAGAAGGAGAAGCAGGUGAGGGUUGGCGGCUGCUUGCAGAGGGGCUGGGAGGUAGCACAGGCUAGUUGA